CCGCGAUUGCUGUCCCGCCUGUGCCCGCCGCCCCGCCAUGGUCCUGGAGCUCUACCUGGACCUGCUGUCGCAGCCCUGCCGCGCCGUCUACAUCUUCGCCAAGAAGAACGACAUCCCCUUCGAGCUGCGCACCGUGGAUCUGCUCAAAGGGCAGCAUGCCAGCAAGGAGUUCCUCCAGGUGAACAGCCUGCAGAGGGUGCCCGCCCUUAAGGAUGGUGACUUCAUCUUAACGGAGAGCACGGCCAUCCUGAUUUACCUGAGCUGUAAGUGCCAGACGGCAGACCACUGGUACCCAGCUGACCUGCAGGCCCGUGCCCGCAUCCAUGAGUAUCUGGGCUGGCAUGCCGACUGCAUCCGCGGCACCUUUGGCGUGCCCCUGUGGAUCCGGGUGCUGGCACCACUCAUUGGGACACAGGUGCCGGAGGAGAAGAUGGACCGCAACAGGACUGCCAUGGACCGGGCACUGCAACAGCUGGAGGACAAGUUCCUGGGGGAUAAGGCCUUCCUUGUCGGCCAGCACGUGACACUGGCUGAUCUCAUGGCGCUGGAGGAGCUGAUACAGCCUGUGGCUGUUGGCUAUGACGUGUUUGAGGGGCGGCAGCGACUGGCAGCGUGGCGUGGGCGAGUGGAGGCUUUCCUGGGAGCCAAGCUGUGCCAGGAGGCCCAUGGCCUCGUCUUGACCAUCCUGGAACAGGAGGCCAAAAAAACACUUCCCGUGCCCCCAGCAGAGGCCUAUCUGGGCAUGCUGCGUCGUAUCAGCAGGAUCCCCUGAGAAGUCUGGGAUGGGGGCUGGGAGAUUAGCAAUAAAGAGUCAUUCUGUUCCUCGUU